AUGUCACCAACAUCAUCAUUUAAUAUCACCGAUGUCAAUUCAAGUUGCUCGUCAUCGUCAUCAUCGUCAUCAUCGUCAUCAUCAUCAUGCCGGGUUCGGGUCGAUGCAUCAUCCACUACUGAUCAUAAUAGUAAUGAUCAUGAAAGCGGCAUAAGUGAUGGCACGAGUUUGUACGAAGUGGUUUCAUCCGAAGGCAAUAAUGACGACGAAUUCACGGAAGUUUACGAAGAGGUGACGGUAACUUCCAAUGAUAAUGACCAAGUCUUUCUACUACAAGAUACUAUUACCGUCCGCAAUGAUAAUGGACACAACAAUAAUGACGGCGUCGUAUCUAGUAGCGAGGACGAUGACUUUGUGUUUGAAGAAAUCACAGUCUCCUCCUCCGACGACGAGGAUGGUCAGUUUGGUCUUCCAACGACUCCCACCAAGUCCAGCAUGAAGACAUCCUGGGGAGCCAGCAAUGUUUUCAACAACAACAACAACAAUUUCAACAACAAAAAGAGCGGCCAGCAGUAUCAUCUAUCUCCGAUAUCCGAAGGAGCAAGAAAUAGUUUGCUGGACAGCAGCGACAAUGACAAUGAUGAGGAAAAAUUAGUUUCUACCAACCAAGAUGGCAUCAACACGAAUGACAAAGCCAGUCCUGAAAUGGAUACUUCCACAGUCCUAUCCGCCACCACGAAUACUACCGAGGCGACAUCCUUUGAACUCCAGCUUCCCAAAUUACAAGUCCAAGUCAGCGGCCUUUCUUGUUUUAUGGAUUUGCAAAGUGUGACUGGAUUCAAUACAACUCCCACCAAUAAUGUCGGCUACAAUCAUUGUGGUGGUGGUGGUGAUACUAAUGGCAAGACAAGACAAACUCGUCAGCUUGACAAUGAUGAUGACGAUGAGGAUGACGAUGAGGACCAGAUAAUAGCCCGUACUACUACAAGUACUAUCCACAAAUCAUUAAAGAAGGAGUCGCCACCUCGUCGCAAUGGCAUGAGCAUGGAAGAAUCAUCCGUACCCUGGAAUCAUCAACAUCAUCCUUCCACCGCUUUGACAGCUCCGCGUCCAUCUCUUCGGAGUCCCUUUUCGAAAUCAUCAACAGCGGCUAGAUUGGGCUCACCAACAAUGAUGGGACCAGCAUUACAUGAGAAGAAGAAGGAACAAGAAGAAGGAUUUGAACUGCGACUCUUGAUGCAACGACAGAUUAGUGGUCUGUCUGUUGGUUUGGAAAGUGUCAAUGAAGAAGAAGAAGAAGAAGAAGACGAUCAAGGGGUCGCUUCCGAUGAAGCAGAGCAAGUCACUACUACUAGGAAUCAUCACCAUUACAAUCAUCGGACGACUCGUACUACUAUGAAGAAGAUGACUCCAAAGAAGCUGUCUCCGCCUCGCCGCAAUGGUAUGAACAUGGGAGAAACGACGAAAGCACCGUGGAAUCAUCCUCGCUCAUCUCCUCGCAGUCCCAUGAUCCGACCAACCAACUCGCGACGAGGCUCACCAAUGGGACAACUACAUCACCAACAGCAGCAAUACCAGAAGGAAGAAGGAUUUGAACUACGGCUCUUGAUGCAACGACAGAUUAGUGGCCUCUCUCUUGGUUUGGAAAGUGUCAAUGAAGAAGAAGAAGAAGAAGAUCAAGCGGUCGCUUCGGAUGAAAUAGAUCAAGUCAAUAGGAAUCAUUAUCAUCAUCAUCAUCAUCAAGACAAUCAUUUCAAAACAUCCUUCCAUUCUCCGAGGGCUGCUUUGGUUAGUAACAAUGGUAGAACGGAACUUGGAAUUGCACGGGAUGGAUUUUCCAAGUCUCGAAAAGGAAGAAGCAAGUCACCAUCGUCGAGACUGCAAGAGGGCAAGAGGGAAUCAUCACAGAAAUCAAGUCGAUCAAGGCGUCAUUGUUCGUGCUCGGACUCUUCCAGAACUAGAACGAAACCGUCAGCUUCGCCGACAAUGACUGCAAGAAGGACAAGGAGCCAGUCGCCCUCAUCAAGUCAUCGGAAGCGUCAUUCCAUUGCCGCAAGGUCGCUUUCCCCACCACGAACUCCAGUACCGGCGUCAAGAUCAAUGGAAAACAAAGGGAGCCGUCAUCACAAAAGCAGCAGUAGCAAAAGCACCGAGAGCAAGAAGAAGAAGAAGACUGCAAAUCCUUUCCUAAUUGUUCCGUUGGCCAAACACAAGGAUUCAAGACAGCUUCGAAGCCAGCAAACGAAAGACACCUUUCCUUCAGGUCGGUCAUUGUCGCUAGCAGACCAUCCGAAAUCAACGAGGUCGACCAUCGUAAGGAAGAGAUCAAGCCGCAAAAGCAAUUCCAAGUCGACCAAGAGGUCUUCCAAGCUGGCUGAAUCAUCGUCCAUCGUUUCUGGCUUUCAAAACGAUCCAAGUCUCGACCGACAUUCCUGCCAUGAGAUUCCAAUGGUCGAAGUAAAAGCCAAAGUCAAAGUCAAGCAUAUGUCAAAGAAGAAAGCACGGCCGCAGCGAGACAGCAAGGUUGAUGUCGCCAAGCUGAAGAGUGGUACAACUACGAGUGGGAAGCGGUCGUCUUCCCCUCCAUUCGUGUCGUCCAAAUACAUGGAUGGCUGGCGAAAAGUGGUUCCUAAUGCAAGAACUCGAUUCUGA